GGCUGAUGCUGAGCAAAAAGUAUAUGUUGAGAAGCUACGAUCCUACUCCAUCGCCGGAUUUGUGCGGACUAUAAUAAACGUGAAAUAGGAAUAUCUUAUCACGAAGUGCCUUUACUUGUCAUUCCUGACAUGUAUGUAUGUUUUGCAGCAUAUACAGUUGACGCUGCCCUAAUGUCACGUUUUAUUCUCUCUUGAAUAUGUUUUGCAAAAGUAAUCCUUUACCUCUUACAAUAAGAUGUAUCAAAACUGUUUGGAUAGAUACAUACAGUAUAUUAACAAGUAAAGUCGACAAUCACUGAAGCGUGUUAAAUGCAAGCACAGCUGCUUAGUGAUAGCAUGUGUAACAGUGCUUCGAAAACAGAAAGGCACCACUUAAACUAAGUAAACAAACAAUUUUGGAGUCGUUCUGCCAACAAUUGUUAUAUUUGUUCCAUAUGCAAUAUGUCCCAAGUCGAAACCAACAGAGAUAGACAAGAAAACGAGUUUGAAGUUUUAAAGUCAAUAUUUGCUGAGGAGCUACAUGAUCAAAGGAAGACUAAAGCAAAGAAAAAAUGGCAGCCAUUAGAUCUUUCGAUCACCCUGACUCCUCAGAAAGGAAUGAGCGGUCCUGCGGAAGUUUAUGCACAAAUAGACCUCCAGGUUAUUUGUGGGGAAGGGUAUCCUGAGGAAGUACCUUGCCUUCUUCUUCGCAACAGCCGUGGCUUGUCAAACCAACAAGUAGGAGUCCUGUAUUCAGAGCUUGAACAAUUGGCUGAUCAACUGAAAGGUGAAGUUAUGAUAUAUGAGCUCGCGCAGCAAGUUCAAAAGUUUUUGCACGAACAUAACAAGCCAGGCUAUAGUAGCUUCUAUGAAGAGAUGGUCUCCAGGCAGCAGGAAAAAAUACAAUGUGAGAUACAAAGAAAGCAACUCGAAGAGGAUAAGGAGCGACAGGUCUUGCAAGACGAAAUUCUCAAGAGACAAGAAGCUUUGAAAGCAGAAUUACGCAACCGGAAGGAACUCUCGCGCUUUCCGAUUGAAAUGAACUCAGUUUCUCAAUCAAUACCUUCAUCUCCACCUGAAAGACCCAGACGGUAUUCUAGACGCCGAUGUAUGAGCACCUCUGAAAACUCUGAAAGUACAUUUUGUGAGCAUAAAGGCACAAAACUAGUUCAUUUCAAUAAUAACCACAGAGGAGAACGUGUUGUCUGCCGAGGAAAAUGUUUAGGGCACAGUGAUAGAGGAUCGGUGGUCUAUGUAGGUUUAGACAUGACCACAGGGGAACUGUUUGCCAUAGUCGAAUGGUCUCUGAGAUGUAGAACUGAGACCCAACUUCAGGAAACCAACGAUGCUUCUAACCUGCAGCACUGCAUGAAGCAAGUUGCCGUUAUAGAACAAGAACUUAAUCAUCUCACUAAACUACACCAUCCAAAUUUGGUGCAUUACUCAAACAUGAAGUAUAUAUCAGACAAAGACAGUGUGGUUAUAUAUCUUCUGCAAGAGUUUGUCGUAGGGACGACUUGUGCUUUUUAUCUAACUGAAAAUAUACCUAUGGAUAUUGAUACUCUGAGACAUUUGGCAGCGGGUGUAUUGGCGGCACUGCAAUUUCUGCAUGAAAAUAACGUUGUACAUAAAGAUCUUCGUGAUACCAGUAUUUACAUUGAUAGUAAUGGUCUCAUAAAGCUGUCAGGAUAUUCCCUGGACAAAAGACUGUAUGAUAUUCAUUGCUCGAAGGACCUAGCCAAAGCUGAACACGAUUUUCCUACAAUCCAGAGAAGAGGAGGAAAGAAAAGUGAUAUUUACAGGUUCGGGGUCUUGUUAUUAUCAUUGAUGAAAGGCAGUGUUGUUUCGGACAAUGAAGGUCAUCUGGAUAACAAUAUGCAGCCAGAUCUGAAAGACUUCUUAUCAAAGUGUCUUAUCCCAGAUGAAAGGAUCAGAUGGUCAGCAGAGCAGUUGCAGCAGCAUUGUUUUAUGAGAGUGCCAAUCGAAAAGGGCUUAACUCCGCCUUGUCCGGACAGAAAAAAAGACCAGAAUAGUUCAGAGCCGGAAGAACCAUCUUCUGACAUCCAUUUGUAUUUUCCCGCACUAGCUGGACAAUCACGAAUUCAACAUGAGUUUGAAGUUUUGAAAUGGCUUGGCAAAGGAGCUUUUGGAGAUGUGCUAAAAGUAAAAAAUAAACUGGAUGGCGGAAUAUAUGCGAUAAAACGGAUUGAGCUAAACCCAAAAAACAUACAAUUAAACAGAAAGAUAACACGGGAAGUCAAGUUGCUCUCGCGACUCAACCACGAAAACGUUGUUCGCUAUUACAACUCAUGGAUUGAAAGUGCUACUCUGGACGACCCCUCGAGGCAUAGUCAAUUCACACCUGCAGCUACACCUUCGACAAGAGUCACUACAGGAGAACACAACCAUAGUCACGAACUCACCAAUCUAGCAAGUGAAGAGAUUGAAAGACUCGCUCCCCCGAUGCACGAUGUCGAAUGGAAUAUUUCCUAUCAGUCGAAGGCUAGUGCCGUUUUGUCUGCGGAUAGCGAAGAUAGUUCUAGUGAUUCUGAUAGCGAUGAAGAUUGGGCUUUCUUGACAAGAACAAGAAUCGAUUCUUCAGACAGUAUUGAGUUUGAAAAAAACGAUACCUCUCAAACAUCAGAUUCCGUUCAAGAUUCGCAGUCGAUGUCAAACCAGCAUGUGGAAAAUCAGAAUAACACGGUCAUCGUUAAAGAAAUACAAUUCAUGUACAUUCAAAUGGAAUUUUGUGAAAAAAGCACGCUCAGGACUGCCAUUGAUAAUGGGCUCUGCGAAGACGAGGAACGACUGUGGAGACUGUUCAGGGAGGUCGUUGAGGGCCUGGCGCACAUUCAUCAACAGGGCAUGAUUCACAGAGAUCUGAAACCUGUAAAUAUAUUUUUGGAUAGCAACGAUCACGUAAAAAUUGGAGAUUUUGGACUAGCAACCACCAAUAUUCUAUCCACUUUGGCUCAGGCGGUGGAUACGGACAAAGAGCUGCAACUUAUGGGUACAAGUUAUGAAAUUGAGGAUGUCGGUUCAUUGACCGGCCAGGUAGGGACAGCCUUGUAUACCGCUCCAGAAUUGAGUUCGAAAAUUGCUAAGGCCAUCUACAAUCAAAAGGUAGACAUCUACAGCCUUGGCAUAAUACUCUUUGAGAUGUGUUACAAGCCUUUGAAUACGGGUAUGGAAAGGGUGAAACUUCUAUUGAAUUUGAGAUCGAGAGAAAUAAUUCUACCACCAGAAUUCACCGACACCGAUACACCGCACCAAGUGCGUCUGCUCAAAUGGCUACUGAAUCAUGACCCCAGCCUGCGCCCGACAUCUCAGGAGUUAUUAGCUUCGGAAUAUCUACCCCCUCCGCAACUAGAAGAAGCUGAGCUGCAGGAGAUGGUGCGACACACUUUGUCCAACAGGCAGAGCAAGGCGUACAAGCAUUUGAUAGACUGUUGCUUGGCUCAGAAAGUAACUCCCGCUGAGGACAUUACGUACGAUAUGAAUUUACCUACGAGAGGAUUUGCAAGCUGCCCUACCUCGAAGCUUCAGUUUUUACAAGAAAACGUGAAAUCAAAAGUCAUCGGAGUCUUCCAGAAACAUGGAGGUAUCUGCCUAGGCUCUCCACUGCUGAUGCCAAAGUCCAGCCAAUUAUAUAAUCACAAUGAUUCCUGCGUCAAACUGAUGACUCGUACCGGCAGUGUUGUUUCUUUGCCACAUGAUCUUAGGGCCCCUUUUGCCAGAUACGUGGCAUGGAACAAUAUCAUGCACAUCAGAAGAUACGCAAUUGAACGUGUUUACAGGGAGAAAAAAGUUCACGGGUUUCAUCCACGAGAAUUAUACGAGUGUGCUUUUGACAUAAUUAGUUCGACACCCGAAGAUCUGAUGGAAGAGGCAGAACUGAUUUCAAUUGUUGGAGAAAUAGCUAACGAGAUUCCAGAACUAAGAGGACGGAAUUUUGUUGUUCGUUUGAACCACACUUCUUUACUUCAAGCGGUGUUGCUGUACUGUGGUAUAGAAAAGGAAAAGUAUCCUGACAUUUACUCUAUACUACGCAAUGCACGGGAUGGAAAGUUUUCAAAAUUCCAAUUACAAACGCACCUUAUUAGUCUAUGCUUAACGGAUCAGGCUAUGGAAACUCUAUUUAACCUGUUUGAAACUGAAAGUUCUGUGACGAAAAUUGCCAGUAUAUUGAGAACCAUCACCAGGAGAAAAGGGAAUGCCGCUGUUCUUGCCAAAGAAGGUCUUCGGGAGUUGGAAAUUGUCAUCGCAAACGCUGAAGCUUUAGGAAUUAAAUGGCCUAUAGUUGUUGUGCCGCUUUUGGUCCACAACAUACAGCAACAUAGCGGUAUAAUAUAUCAGGUAACUUGCGAGUUGAAGCGGAGACGGAGACGGGCUGGCCAAGAUGUUAUAGCAGCAGGUGGUCGUUACGACAAAAUGUUAACAUCAUUCCGUCAGUUCUUGGAGCGGACUGGUAUGGCAAGUAAAGAGGUCAAGCAGUUUGGAGUAGGCAUAAGUAUAUCUUUGGACAAACUAGUAUGCGCCGUGAAGGAAGGCUGUGAAGACACAUGUGCUGAGAUUAAAUGCGGUGUAGAUGUGGCAGUUUGCUGUGUAGAUGGACUUCCAAGAAGGGAAAAAGAAAAAGCUGAAGUUUUACGUGAACUCUGGUCCCAGGGUUUGAAAGUAACGUCGUUAGGACUACACUCUACUGAAGAAAUACAAGAAUACUGCAGAGAGAAUUCCAUAAGUUACAUAGUUCUUCUCAAAAAUGGAGAGUGCGGCACUCUCAGAGUCCAAUACUGGGAAAAGGACAGGUAUCAAGAGAAAAAAGUCAACAUUCAAGAUGUUACAGAUUUUCUUCAGCGACAGAUCGAUAAUCCUUUGCACGUAUUGAGCAGAUCUGACAGUAAAGUUAGUACAGGAACCGAGGUUUCAGUUUCUUCAAACAACCCUAUAAACGUUAAUAUUAGUUUUGUCCUGAUUGAAAGAGAGAAAUUCUCGGCGAGUAGCCGUAGGAGUAUGAAAAAUACCAUUCUUGCACAAAUGGGCUCGGUAUCACAGAGGGUUUCUCAUAAAAUCUCCAUUGAAGUAGUCGCAUUUUUCCUGGACACAACGGUGAUAAAGUCGAUGAUCAGCUACUUAGAGAUUGACGAGAAUGAAGUAGAAUUUCAUAAAAGUAUUCAACUUAUAAUUGAAAAGCACCCGAGGCAUAAAAAAUACAUAACGGAUAUUUGCGAGGAAAUAAGGGAAAUUAGGAACGAGAAACUUCAUCCAGUGCUAAUUCUGUAUAGCCUGAUUGAGAGUAGAUACAAAAUUCUCAUGUAAUCAUGAGAAUGUAUCUGUCAUGUUGUACCUGAUUAAAAAAACGAAAAAGAGAACUGUACAGUCAGUAAACGAUUACUUUGCAUAUUUGGCUGACAAUUUUUUUGCAGUCAUCAGUAAUACCAGAGGUAUCCGAAUAACGUUUGAUUUCUAAUCAGCAACUUCUGUUCUAAUAAAAAUCGUUAUUAAUACUUA